GCCCUACGGAAAAUUUACCGGAGUGUACCAGAGCCAACCGGCGGAUUACCGUGAGAAACUUUUCAAGCACAGCGGAUUACCGGAGCCAACCGACUUCCAAACUUGCACACCGGAGGAAAACCAGCGGAUAUGGAGAGGCGGAUCACUGAGCCACGCCAAAAGGCAGACAACACACAAGUCAAUCACUGUUAUCAAGUGAUCAGAGGCCAACAUCCGCUCAUAAUCAAAUCUAGAAGCUAUUUAUACUGGAUUCGAUAGCCCUCAGCUACCCAUAAAGAAUGCUUCUGCUCUCGUAAGCGCCGUUCUCGCUUAAGCAGCUUGCCUGCUGCUCUUUUCUUGUCGAGCCCUGUUCUCUCAAAUUGGCCAGUUCAUUCAAGAAGACGGCAAACUGGCACAAUGACCUGCAAUAUGUGUCCUUGCUUGUUGAGAGACUUUGCGCCGCAUGACGAUAUGGUCUUCAAGACCUUGAUGAUCGCAAAAUGCCUGCCGUCAUGUUCAAAGAGACAGAGCAAUUCUCUAUAGCUCAAUAUUGCAUUGUCCGCACGUCGCAUGGCGUCUCUAGAACCGAUAGUCCCUCUACAAAGACACUACGACUCGCAAUGGGACUCUGGCCACGAACGCCAUUGCGCGACGCUACCUGGAACAACAUCACGGCACAUGCACGGUACCUGAUAGACACUCACCAGAUUGUGGUCGAUGCGCAAGGCAAGACGGUCACAUGGCGUCACCGCAACGUUGGGAAGCUCCAGACGGUCAUUCACAAGUUGGAAAAGGCUUUCCCUGUGCUGGGACGAGCUCAUGGACAUUGGAUUGCCUUGACCAUCUACCAGCACCACGCGAAGGUGGUGAAUGAAGCGAAGCGCAAAGCGAAAGUCUACAGAGAGACUACUACUGCUGCUUCUUCCCAAGACGACGAUAACAGCCACGAGCACGACGUUGCCCAUGGAGUGUCAUCUGCUCGCGUCGAUAACGAGAAUACCCGCUGCGAGACACCCGCUUCCAUCUUCUCUGAAGACAAUAUUUUGCAGCUAACUUCGUCUCAGCACAAUCGUCAAGCAAACAAGAUUGCGCAUGUUUCCAAGAAGUCAAGCAAAGAUCGAUCCACCUCCUCGUCUCGCAAGUCUGGAAGAACAUCAAAGCUAUCACGCAGAGCACAGGACGCUGAGCAAGGCAGCGCUAUUAUGACCAAGGCCAAGACUGCAGCAUCACAAGCAAAAACGGCGCACAAGUCUGCCAAGAAGGCCAAGAAAGCGGCAGCACGUCUGUAGUGUGUCGUAGAUGGUCUAGUUGCUACACCUACUGUCGCU